AUGGAAUCAUCUGCAAAUGUACAUGAUUUUAGUGGUGACUGUGAUGAUGGAAUCAGUGAUGAUGAAAGUUUGGAUGUAACUCUUGAAGAUGAAAUAGCACGGGGUUUGAACUUUACUCAAAAUGUUGAGUUUCUCAAUUUGUUAUGUGAUAAUGGCAAGCUGUCCAAUUCAUUUGCUGAAACUCUUGGGCAUGAGGAAGAAUCAGGUGGGUCACCAAGUAUACCAAAGGCUGAUGAUGAUGAAGAAGGGAUUGAAUAUGAAUUUCCUGAACAAGUUCUUGAGACACAAGCUGAUGUUGAUGCUGAAAUGGUACAUGAGACUCAAAGCAUCAAUGAUUUAAGGGAAAGUGGAUACACCGAAGAUGAGAUUGCUAGAUGUGUUGCAGCUGAGCAUACUGAAGAUGAUGAAGAGGAAGGAAUAGACGAAACACAACCACAAGUUACAAUAAAAAAACGAAGGCCAUCUGAGAGGAUAGCCAAACUUGGAAAGAAAAUUGAUGGAUUAGGGUCUGCAUCAGAAAAUCCUUUAGAAAUUGAAUAG